GAAAAUCAGAGGAUUUAGAUAUUUUGCGUGUUCCAUUGCGCUUUCUGCGUUUGCAUCAAUUAUGGCCACCUUUAAAUCAAAAAAUAACAAAUUUUUGGCCCUUUGUACGAGCUGCGAGCAUGCUAUGCUUUUGCAGUAUCACACUUUUCGGUGGCUUUAAGCACAUGUGGUUCUCUUUUAAUAAUCCUCAAAAUGUGAUUUUAAUAGAUACGAUUGAAUCUAUGAUAACACUGGUUGUACACAUUAUUGUGUACUAUACUAUCUACAUAAUGAUGAUUCACAUUCCCGAACUGGACGAAUUCAUGCACGAUUUGAAUGAUUACACGCGUUUUGGAAAACCACCAGGAAUAGACACAGCAGAUAAAUAUUGCAAUUACUUUACCUAUUUCUUUUAUCUGUAUGGCUGGAUAGGUUCCAUAUUGUAUUCACUGUCAAGUGUUCUAGACAAAGCAGAAUGCGAAGAGCGUGAUGUACACAAGACGCGAGAGUGUGGAUUUCUGGUACCCUUGAGGUUUCCUUAUAAGAUAGACACACUCGAAAAGUUUAUCGUCACCUGGCUUUUGCAAAACUUCAGCUUGAACUUACUACUUACCUCUGGUAUUACAAUAAUGUCGUAUUUGUAUUCAUCGGUUGAAAAUUUCAACGCAAAGAUUGUUCAUCUCAAAUCCGAGAUUACAAAACUUGGAGACCGGCCGGAAUUAGUACGAGAGGAAAUAAAAUUUUGUGUUGACUACCACGUCAAGAUUAUAGAGAUGUGCAAAAAUUUAAAUAAAUGCUGGGGAAAACUUAUGCUUUAUCAUCAAAUGAUGGUGACGAUAUUAGAGAGUUUAAUUGGCAUUCAGUUUCUAUUAGACCCUGAUCCCAAGUAUAUGAUUCACGGUACAGCUUGGUUGAUCAGCCUUGCAAUUCCAUGCUACGCGGGACAGCGAUUACUCGACGAAUCCUCUGAAAUCCCAUUGGCUAUUUACUCCUCAAAAUGGUACAAUCUCGAUAAUCAAUCAAUGAAAGACUUGGUGUAUAUGUUGAUGUGUGCUAACAAUUAUCUGGAUUUGAAUCGUGACGGUUAUGGACCUAUUAACUUAUCAAUAGUUGGAAAUGUGAUAAACAACAUUUACUCGGUGUUAAUGCUUCUCUACAGCACCAUGUCGGAACUCUAAGCAACAAAGCAAAAUUCAAGUCACUCCGAUAACAUUUGUGCCCAUGAAAUUGCAGAGCAACAUUGGUGCUAUUAAUAAAUUGAACCCACUUUAAGUAUUUAUUAGGAAUACGCUCAUGUAAUAGUAGUUCAUACACCGUAUAAAUAAAAGUUAGAGUCACUUUUGUUUCAUAACAGUUUUAAACUUGCCACUGCUACUGCUAGCGCGUGAUCCUAAUUUAUUGUUCAAUUUUUAUUGUUCUAAGUAAACACACCCACAGUGAUAAUAAAGUUAUUCCAACAUU